CCAACAUGGGAAGGUGGUCAGUACAAUGGCGAUGAAAAAAUGCGACAGGAUGCACUUCGAUUGGCCAUGGAAUACGGGGCUGAUUACAUUGAUGUUGAGCUCCAGGUUGCUCAUGAAUUCAUUCAAUCCAUAGCUGGAAAGAAGCCUGAAAAUUUUAAGAUUGUUGUUUCUUCUCAUAAUUAUCAAAAUACCCCAUCUAUGGAGGAUCUUGGUAAUCUUGUUGCAAAAAUACAAGCAACUGGAGCUGACAUAGUGAAGUUUGGAACAUCUGCCUUAGAUAUAACUGAUGCGGCACGUGUUUUCCAGAUAACUGUGCAUUCUCAGUUCCUCUGUUCCAAUAAUAGCACUGGUUAUGAGCUUCUACAUUUAUACAAUUUCAGACAGAUAGGGCCCGACACAAAAGUGUUUGGUGUUAUUGGAAAGCCAGUUGGCCAAAGCAAAUCACCAAUUUUGUAUAAUGAGGCCUUCAAGUCAGUUGGUUUUAAUGGAGUUUAUCUGCAUUUGUUGGUAGAUGACAUUGCAAAUUUUCUCCAAACUUACUUGUCUGCAGAUUUUGCGGGAUUCAGUGUCACCAUUCCUCACAAGGAAGCUGCACUCACGUGCUGUGAUGAGGUUGAUCCAGUUGCCAAGUCAAUAGGAGCUGUUAAUUGCAUUAUAAGGAGACAAAGUGAUGGGAAGUUAUUGGGAUUCAAUACAGACUAUAUUGGUGCCAUUUCUUCCAUUGAAGAUGGAUUACGAGGUUCGCUUAAUGCUAGCAGUAUGACUGGCUCACCUUUAGCUGGUAAAUUGUUCGUUGUCAUUGGUGCUGGUGGUGCUGGCAAGGCGCUUGCAUAUGGUGCUAAAGAGAAGGGAGCAAGGGUUGUGAUUGCCAAUCGUACCUAUGGUUCUCUUCUAUCUUUGUUAUCUUUCUUGUUGUUGUUUUUUAACUGACUUUGCUACUCUGAUUUUAUGUUGACAUAGCUCCAUGAAUAUUAUGAUCUACUUUUUCAAUCAAAUUUUCUUUUUUAUUCUUCUGCUUGUGUCUCUUGUUAGUAAUAUAUU